AUGAGAUCUUCCUCACUGAUCCAGCCAAAGGAAUGGGUGGAACCGUGUGCCUGGCAUUGGCCAAAAGCUAUGGCGGGGAAAGCUGCAGAAGCCUUGGCAAAGACUGCGACGGCGUUUCAACAUCCGUGGAGGGUGAAACUGGAUAAGUACAGAACCGAUCUGACGAAAGGCGUGUGGGGUUAUUGGAAGAUGGGAGCUUGGAAACCUCUGGGUAUAAGCGCGCGCAGGAGAGCGAUGCUGAGAAAAGAAGUUCUGACCUGUGGAGAGGAUUGGCCUUACGAUCCGGAGAGGAAAGCGAUGAGGACAAAGAGGAAAGGGCACAAGUGUGAUAGGAUCUCUUAAAGCGAGAGAUUGGAAUGUCCAGAAAGCUCAUAAAAUGGUUUGAAUCUGUUUGGAGAGAGAUACAUGUCGUCUGUUCUGUUUAAUGGUUGAGGAAUCAAGCAGAAGAGAUAAGCUCCAAUCGGGGGUUUAUCAGAACAGAGAGUCCUUGCUUGGACCAAUGUUCGUGAUUCCAUUUCUGCGAUCUGUUACCAACCAAACGGAAAUGUAAAAUUUUGCAAUACAUUGUCUCUCUCAAGUGUACCCAUUAAGGUUUCUCAAUAACUAAAAAUCGCUACUUUGCUCUGUUUUUAUUUUCAGGGGAUCGUCGUUGGUUGCAUCACCGAAAAAACAUUUAAUUAUUAUUUUUCUUUUGACAUAAACAUUUACUUAUUUAUAUUUUAUUUUGUUUUUCCCAGAAAUAUUCUAUUUAACGAUC